AUGGAUGGGGACCUACCUCCCGGUUUGGUCUAUCUCGACUUGGGACAUUCAUUCAAUCAAUCUAUUACACCUGGUACAUUACCAACUACAUUGAAGAAUCUGGUUUAUAAUUCCACACAUCCAAUCAGGUCUCGAGCACUACCCGCUUCCCUGGAGACGCUGGAGUUGGGACUGAGGUACAAUCAUCCUUUGGACAAUGGUGUGCUACCUCAAACAAUCAAAUCACUUCUCUUUGUCAGACUAGAGGAUGUCGAGGAUGCUGAUGAUGACGUCCUCCCUGGUCAGCUCUUCAAUCACCCACUGGGUAUCCUACCAUCAAGUCUGACAGACCUGAGACUGCCACCACAAUAUGGACAUGCAGUGGUACAUGCACCUCUGAAAUCGGUGCUCCUGACUGCGCCCAAUCUACAUCGUUUCGCCAGGAACACAUAUCCCAACAUCACCUCAUUGGAUGUUACUGAUGUUGUCAAUGUCUCGGCAAUAACAUCACAAACAUACCCAUCAAUUCGCAAGCUGAACCUAUCACGCAACUCAAGUGAUGAUGAUGAUGAUGAGAACAUUGUGAUCGACCUGUCUUCACUACCAAACACUAUUGAUCACUUGGUGUCUGCACUGUUUUCAGCGACGAUCACCGCCUUUCCAAAGGGUCUCACCAAGCUUGAACUGUGGCUGGAUGAGGACAGCAAGUUCAGGCUCAAGAAAGGCAUGUUGCCAGACUCAAUCACAUCAUUCUCUUUGUAUGGCUAUGAACAUGAGAUUGGAAGUGGAGUACUACCAACAUCAUUGACAGAGCUGAGUCUCUAUGAUUACAUCAAUGAAUUCAAUCUCAAGGUACUACCACUGUCACUACGAUCAUUGGUCUGGACAACAAUCAGUAAUCAGUCAGCGGAUUACAUCACAUUCUUUAAGAAGUUGCCCUCAACAAUUGUCCACCUAACUCUUCAAAACAAUCGCGGUGGAAGGCUCAACUUGAUGAGACUCUCAUCAGAUGUGUUCCUAAGUCACAACGAAGACAUGCUCGACUGUGGAUUAAUUGACAUGGCCACAAUAAUCAAACAUCUUUCCGGUACCGAACAACCAAAACAAAGUGAUUGUGUCCUCAUGUAA